AUGGGUGCCUUCCUAGAUAAACCCAAGACAGAAAAAGUAGUUGAUAUGGGACAAGGAAACGGACUUCGAUAUGCCAUUUCAAGUAUGCAAGGUUGGCGAGUGGAGAUGGAAGAUGCCCACGUAGCCAAAUCUGAACUUCCCAGUCCUUUCCAAUACUGGUCGUACUUUGGUGUAUUUGAUGGUCAUGCAGGAUCACGCGUUUCAGAGCUUUGUGCAGCUAAGUUACUAGACGCUAUUCUUAAUACAGAAGAGUUUCAGAAGCUUGAUCCCGCUUCUACGGAGCUUGACACUACUUUGGUGAAACGCGGCAUCGUAAACGGAUUUUUAGCUUUUGAUCGCGAUUUAGCAUCUGAAGAUUCUAAUGAAAAAUCUGGUUCUACCGCGGUGGUUGCUUUCGUUACUCCAACCCAUAUAAUCAUGGCUAAUUGUGGUGAUUCAAGAGCUAUACUUGUUCGAGACAAUAAACCCCUUUUGGCAACUCAAGACCAUAAACCAUACAAUCCUAUCGAACGCCGGAGAAUUUCUGAAGCUGGCGGUCAGGUUAUGUUAUCACGAGUCAAUGGAUCUUUAGCUGUUUCAAGAUCUCUUGGUGACUUCGAAUACAAACAGGUAUUUAGUCGUGGAGCUACUGAGCAACUCGUUUCUCCUGAACCAGAUGUAUUUAUCAUUGAACGUAAGAAAGAAUUUGAUCAAGUUCUCCUCCUUGCGUGUGAUGGUGUUUGGGAUGUCUUUGAGAACGAUACCCUUACAACUUAUGUCCUUCAUAGGUUGUGUUGUUUACCCUCUUUAGUAGAUGUUUGUUCAGAAAUCCUUGAUACCAGUUUGCACAAGGGUAGUCGUGAUAAUAUGAGUGUUCUUUUGGUUGCGUUAGAUGCUGCUCCUACCGUGGAUCCAGAAGCAGUCCGUAAGGAAAUGGAAUUAGACAAUUCUAUAGAGAAUUUGAUUGUUGAUAUAAUGAACUCAGCCGGUGCAGAUGCUGACACUUUGAGUGUGAACUAUAUCGCCAAUACAGUUAAAAGUAUGAACCUUCCAAAUUAUCCUCCGGGUGGCUUCAACACCAAGCGUGCUUAUGUAGAAAACUUUUUCAAUACGCGUUUUCGACGCAAUAAAUAG